AUGUCCCUCGUCAACCUGGCCAAUGUCUGCUCGCAUCUCCAGAAUGCAUCACUUGCACGCCUCGGUCUGACCUCAAUCCCCUACACGAGAUGGCAUCUAUCCCUGGCCAUUCUCCUCCAACGACAGGGCUUCCUCUCCCACGUCAAACUCGGGGGAGCAUCGCCUCCUUCAUCAUGCUUCGCGCCAGGCCUUCGCGAUGACCACCACGUUACCAACCACCCGCAUGGCACUGCAGGCAGAGAUCAACACAGUCCUGAAGCGGCCUUGGCGCUGGUGGUCAGAGAGGGAUUGAACAGGGCGCAAUUGCAGAAUCUGGGAUUCAUGCCCGAUGCGGUGGAAUUUGCGGAGCAACACAGUCGACGCAGUUUGGAGGAUCUAGAGGCGCAAGGCUGGCCGCAACAGAUUGUGCGCUUCAUCGCGGAUGUGCGGGCGCAGAUGGAUGUGUUGGCCGRGGAGCGGACAUUUGAAUUCGAGAGGAGGAAGGAGUAUCUGCAGCGACAAGAGGGGCAGGAGGAGGAACUGAGGGAAUUGAUUGAGAGUGAUGAGAGCAGUCCCGAGCUGAGGAGGCAGGUGGUCGAGGAGCAAGUGCUUGGACAGCUUUCCGUCGAAGAGCGGAGUAUCUACACACAGUUUGGCCACCUUCGAUUGGAGGACCUGCGCCAAACACGCUUCGACUUUGACACCAUCGCCAUCAUCGCAGGCCGCCAUGCUCUCCGCACCGAACUCGACAUUCGGCAAAAGGGCAUCACCAUUUCCGCCAUGGGACUUGAAAUCCCCAACCAAUCCGUCACGCUGCCAGUAAAGGCCUUUGCAGAUCCGAAGAUGCUCGAAGCAGAGGGCGUUGUUACCCAAGAAAACCGCGCAUCGCGCCGUCUAUGGCUGGGAUUGAAGUACUACGAGAGCAGACCGGUAUUGACCAAGGCCAAGAUGAUCAGUAAGCCAACGAAGCGCAUCAUGCUGAAUAGCCGGGAUCUCGGACGUGUUGUGAGAGGCCGCCAAGCAGGUGAAGUGAAGCCGUUGACGCAGAUUGGCGAGAUUAUGGCUGUCAGCACCGACAAGGGAAUUAUGGAGGCGAGGGAGUGUGCAGAGAGGAAAAUUGGAGGGAUGCCGCUGGCAAGGUUUUGGUGA